GCCAUUUCGUGUUUCCCGUCAGGAGAAGCAGCGCGUCAGGGAGAGGGAGAGACGGAGGAGCACGGCAAGAACAACAAUUCAUAAAAUAAAUCGUGUUUAGAAAAUUGGGGCCUGUUGAAAUGGGAGAUCCCACCAUGCACAGAGACUGUCCUCUUGACUGCAAGGUGUAUGUUGGUAACCUUGGCAACAAUGGGAACAAGACAGAGCUAGAGCGAGCUUUUGGCUACUAUGGGCCACUGCGUAGCGUGUGGGUGGCCCGGAAUCCCCCCGGCUUUGCCUUUGUGGAGUUCGAGGACCCGCGAGAUGCUGCGGACGCUGUGCGAGAGCUCGACGGAAGGACGCUUUGUGGUUGCCGGGUGCGAGUUGAGUUGUCCAAUGGGGAGAAGCGAACACGAAACCGAGGACCGCCGCCUUCCUGGAGCCGGCGCCCAAGGGAUGACUAUCGCCGACGCAGUCCGCCACCUAGACGCAGAUCUCCACGCAGGAGGAGUUUCAGUCGGAGCCGUAGCAGAUCUCUCUCUAGAGACAGGAGGAGGGAAAGAUCUCUGUCUCGGGACAGGAACCACAAACCCUCACGCUCCUUCUCCAGAUCGCGCAGCCGUUCUAGGUCUACCGAAAGGAAGUAACGGAAGGGCAGUGGAAUUUUUAAACACCGUGGUCAUCCCUUAUUUACCAUAAACUAGAUGUGCUUUUUUUAAAGAUUUGUUUUAGCUGUUUAGUUUGCUUUUUUUGGUGACAUGCAAGGUAAAUUCUACUAUAGUGUCUGUAAGUGGGAGCUGUUUUGAGAUCUGUGCUGUACAGAGGAAAUACCAGUGAUAGCAAUUUUGUGAGAUGUUCAGUCUCCUAGUACCAUUCCAUUCACCUUGCAUAGAAAUUAAAAUGUUUUCCUAAAGUGGUUGUGUGCGCAUCAAUUUAAAAAAUUGGGUGGGUGGGAUUUGGAAGGUGUGGAGCAGGCAGUAAGGCAGGCAUGACCUCUGGGUGGGGGGGGUUGAUGGGGCAGGAGAGUAUGUUUCUAAGAACAGCAUCGUAGUACUGUUCUUGGUUUAUUGGGACAAGGUUAAUCGGGUUUAGAUUUCUCAUCUCUUGUGGAGAAAAUUAGCAAUUUUGAAGGGAUGCGAGGAGCUUUCCUUCUUAAAUAGUGGAAGUGUAGAGGGGGAGGUUGUAGCCAACAACCCGAAAGUUUCCUGCAGUCUUUCCUGUCCUCCGUUUUCCGAAGUAUGCGUUGGCUUAGCCGUCGUUAAGGAGCCACUGGAGGAAGAACGGUUCUGGUUUUGCUCUUUUGGUCUGUCCUCCUGUGUCACUUCACUGUUCACCUAUAAGGUGAUGUUGCUGUUCAGUGUGCAAAGGAGGAGUAGAAUCCUUUUGUGGAUUAAUGAAGAAAUAAACUUUGUUACGGUCUGA